UCCAUGGGCAAUCUGCUGGGCGGGGUCAGCCCCCGGGAGCCCGCCACCGUGGACGACUGCGACUCCACUUGGCAGAGCGACUCCGAGCCCCCGACCCCCGACACCGACCCCGAGGGCCCGGACCAGAGUGAUGAUGCCAAUGAAUCCACAGCCAAACCAAAGAGAAGUUUUUAUGCUGCAAGGGACUUAUACAAAUACCGGCAUCAAUAUCCACAGAAUUUUAAAGAUCUUCGAUAUCAAAAUGACUUGAGCAACCUCCGUUUUUAUAAGAAUAAAAUUCCUUUUAAACCAGAUGGCGUUUACAUUGAAGAAGUCCUAAAUAAAUGGAAAGGUGACUAUGAAAAGCUAGAGCAUAAUCACACAUACAUCCAAUGGCUUUUUCCAUUGAGAGAGCAAGGUUUGAACUUUUAUGCUAAAGAACUAACUACAUAUGAAAUUGAGGAAUUCAAAAAAACAAAAGAAGCAAUUAGAAGAUUCCUCUUGGCUUAUAAAAUGAUGUUAGAAUUUUUUGGAAUAAAACUGAUUGACAAAACUGGAAAUGUGACACGAGCUGCUAACUGGCAAGAAAGAUUUCAGCAUCUGAAUGAGUCCCAACACAACUAUUUAAGAAUCACUCGUAUUCUGAAAAGUCUUGGUGAGCUUGGAUAUGAAAGUUUCAAAUCACCACUUGUUAAAUUUAUCCUGCAAGAGGCUCUUGUAGAAAACACUAUUCCUAAUAUUAAGCAAAGUGCUUUGGAAUAUUUUGUUUAUACAAUUAGAGACAGAAGAGAACGAAGAAAACUUCUCCGGUUUGCACAGAAGCAUUAUAUUCCUUCAGAGCAUUUUAUCUGGGGACCUUCUAAAAAACAGAAAUCCGCAGGAAACAAAGCAACGAAAAUUCCAGUACCUCCUGCCUCUGCUCAAGAUGAUCAAAUUUCUAUGCACAAAAAAUCCAAGGAUCCUAAGACUGCAUCCCCAACAGCUGAUGAGAGUGGCAAGGCAGCUGAAGAAAAGGAUCUGGAACUUAGAGAAAAUGGAGAAGAAAAUGAUCAGGUUAGAGUGGAAACCACUUGUGGAGUCGUUGAGCCGGAAGGUAAUGAAAAGGGUAGCGAGACUGAAAGGCCAGAUGCUAAAAUAGAAAAAACUGUCAAUAAUUCUUCAGAUAAAAGGGAGAAUGUCUCUCUUUCUGAGAAAGGUGAGGACAGUGAAAAUCAGGACCGAGAGUGUGAAAAUGAAGGAGCUACAGGUACCGAUUUCUGUGAUGACGAUACCAAGAACUGUUUAACUAGUUUGUCAGAAAAUCCACAAACUAGUUUAGGCGAGGAUAAAUCUCCUGUUAAUGUUACCCCCCAAAGUAAUGAUUAGGUCAAAUCUAAAAAUAAGAGUUUAUGUUGAAUGAAUUUAUUUUUAAUUUGCUGAUUGAAAUUUAAGAUAAGAAGGCUUGAAGUAGGGUCUGAUAAAUGAAUGUCUUGAGGGUCAGUUUUCGAAUUCAGCUUUUAAACAAUUCCUAAAAGCUUUAGAAUAUUUUGAGAUAAAUAUUUGUGUGGUUUAUGUAUAAUUAUUUUUACAGAAUAUAAAAUGUUAUCUAUUGGAAAAAAUAAGAAAGGCUUAUUCAUGAAAUUCUCUCUUGUCCUCUACUGAAUUUCUAAAAAAUAAAAGUGAAAAAAUUCGG